CUCACACCAGAAUUGUUGUAAAAUUAGUUGAAAGAAAUGAGUAGAAUUAAUCGAAAUACAUUUCCGAGCUCACUUUCUUCAAGGUCUAAUAAAACCACUACGAAACUGAUUCCUGCAACCGAACCCAAAAAUGGGACAACUCGGGGCCCUGGUCGCAUGCCAGUUUACGGUCAGCCCAUGAUUGCCAGGGGAAGCAGUCGGGUUCCACGAACAGUGGGAGUACCUGUUGCCAAAAAAACCUCGCGAUUACAAUGCACCGCCGCUGCUGUGACCAUAACCGAAAUUGACUCAAUUCCACACAGUUCUUCCACAUCAAUUGUCUCCAACGCUAAUUCAAGUGCUGUCGAGCGUCGUCGUAGUACUCAAUUCCUGGCUCGACCUUCGUCGUCCAGAAAUAUAAUUGCUACAACUAAUAAUGAGAUGACCUUGCAACAUUUUACGGACACAGAAUCGGUUUUCUCAACUUCUACCAAUGCUUCGGAAGAAGUGACAACGAUUGUCCCACAAACCGCUACAAACUACGUGGUCAUGUCUAGUGACCAUAAUGAUGACGAUCAGAAUAUACAAAAGGAGGCCAAUAACAAAGGAGUCUCGACAAAAGAUGAAGAUUCCUUCUCACCCGUGACGAAAACCUUGUUGAAAUCAUUGUUACAAUAUGCUUUCGAUCAAAGUGGAUGGAAAUUGCUUCCCUAUGUGGCAGUAGGAGGUCUCCUUUUGUAUUUCAUCCUCCCAGUUUGGUCCAUCCUAUCGUUUUUGGCAUUUUUCUACUUUUCACUUCAAGUAAUUGGAGGUGGAUCAUUCACUUCCAGGAAAAAGACUUCAAGGCGAACGAUUAAAUGGACGAUUCAAGAGUUUUCUGAAGAAAUUAGCAAUGGAUUUCUGACUUGUCCUCCAUUCAAAGAUAAGUCCAGCCAAUGGCGUCUCGUAGUAUCUCAAAAGCUUAUGAUGGAUGGAGUUCAAACUAGAUUUGGUCUAAUCGCAACCGAUAUUCCAAGAAAUUUGGCAUGUGUUUUAGCCAACGUAAAAUUCUCGUGCACUGACAAUCGGGGUGUGGAGUUAGCUACUGGGAAAUUCCAACACGACUUUCAUCGAUGUGGCGACCUAAAAUUCACACAGGGUGUAAUUUUGUCACAAAGACGUCUUGCAGAGGAUGACAUCGUUAACAUUCUGUGUCGGGUGGAAUUUCAAAGUGUGACGAUCAGUUACUGGAAAAUGAUUCUGCGCUGCAUCGGUGUGACUCCGCCUCAAAAAGGGAAUUGUGUCAAGGAAAUUGGCAUUAUCCAACAAGAGAUAUUGGUCUAUCAGAAUGCGCCCAAGUCAAAGAUGGAAGCCUUUACCCGUUUUGUUAAACAUCCAGAUACUAAAACCUUCGCCUGGGAGAUCCCGAACUUUGCAAUGUUGCUUAGAAGCAGGGAAGUCUGGGGAAUAUAUUCCUCACAAUUCUUUGUUAAUACAGAAGAUUUUUGUGCAGUCUGGAGAAUGAAGUUGAUCGAGGUGAGUGGCGUCUUUCGUGUUCAUGUCCAGCUUCGUGGUCUUCCUAAAACACUGAAUCAAGUUCGACUUUGGUAUUUGUUACAACUCGUUGACACCUUUGGGGAUUCAGUCGUUCCAGAGCAUUCGAUGAGCAGAAUCAAGUAUCCCGACUACAUCAAAUUGUGGGACACAUCGAGACAUAUCCUGUACCGGAGAGAGACAUUAUUGUCAAGAUUUUUGGGGGUUGACGGUUCGCUGACGCUCAGACUUUCUCUACAAGUGAAACCAAAUGAUGUUCCUCUGCUCGAAACGGAUUCUGAAGAGUGGCUUUCUCCACAGGAAUGAUAAAUUCAUCGUUUUGGUUUCAUAUUUAUGUAACAACGAUAAUAUGACUUACAUUCUAAAUUCUAAAUUUUUACAGAUUUAAUUUGCUUUGCAUUAAACGAAUCAUAG